AUGAAGCAACCAAAACAUAGAGUGAAGUUUCCCUGCAAUCAUCCGUUACAAUCCGUAUGUCUGGAUUUCCCUAAUGAUGAAGUUUCGUCAGAGACGAGUCCUCGUAGUGGAUCACAUAGUUGCGAUGGAUGCGGUUCAUCGGAUGGUUGGGGGUAUUAUUGUCAAAUAUGCAAUUUCGGGUUGCAUUCUUAUUGCAUGGUCGUCCCGGACGUCAUCAACAUCCCUUGUCACUCCAGGCAUCCUCUCAAGCUUGUCUCGACCGAGACAAUUGCGAAUACAGAUGGUAAAUGCCAUUUUUGUAGAUAUGAGCUUGAUGAUCUGACGUAUCAUUGCUCCACGUGUAGUUUCAGCCUACAUGUACGCUGCUCCGUAGUUCCACCACCGCUUACGGUUUAUCAACCAAAGAGCCACAACCAUACAUUCACCCUCAUGGCGAGAUUGAUCUCCUUCACUUGUAACGCGUGUGGGAUUGGUGGGGAGCGUAAUCCUUAUGUUUGUCUUGAAUGCAAUUUUACGUUGCACAAAUCUUGUAUCGAUUUGCCUCGAGUCAUAAACAUCAAUCGUCACGAACACCGGAUUUAUCGCACCUAUGAUCUCAACCUAGGAGAUUGGGAAUGCGGAGUUUGUCGCAAAAAGAUCGAUGGGGCCUUUGGUGCUUUCUCUUGCAAACGUUGUCCUGACUAUGUUGUUCAUUCAAAAUGUGCCACAAGGAAAGAUGUGUGGGAUGGAAAAGAACUCGAAGAUGAGCCUGAAGAGGAUGAAGUUGAAGAUCCAUACGAGGUUAUAAAUGACAAGGAAAUUAAACAUUUCAGUCACCAGCAUAACCUAGGGCUUGUUGAUGAUGAUAUUGCCGAUUAUGAAAAGAUGCGGUGUGACGCUUGCAUCCGUCCCAUGGAUUCCGAUCCAUUUUUCAAAUGUGAAGAAUGCAUCUUCUUCCUACAUAAAGCAUGUGCUAGUCUUCCUCGUUUGAAGCGGAAUAUCCUGCACAACCACAAGCUUAGUCUGCAGGUUAUGUAUGAGAACGACCGGUGCAUGUGUACUUAUUGUCUUCAAUCCUUCCACGGCUUCAGGUACAUAUGUAGUUCCACAGAACUCUGUGAAAGUGGUCCUCCCCCUUAUUUUGUGAUAGAUGUGCGGUGCGCUUCCAUUCCGGAGCCUUUUCUUCAUGAACUGCAUCCUCAUCCCUUGUACCGCACCACAGCAGAGCAAAAGACUUGUGGAGCAUGUGGGGAAGUUUCGAAUUAUGUCUUAAGUUGUAUUGUUUGUGAGUAUGCUCUAGGCAUGGAGUGUGCCAUGUUACCAAGGAAAGUGAAACACAGAUGCGACGAUCAUGUUUUAUCGUUGCAUCAUGACCUUGAAAACCACAACAAUGGUCAAUUGUGGUGUGAUAUCUGUGAAGGAAAGACAGAUCCAAGCGUAUGGUUUUAUGGUUGUGAUGAUUGUGGGGUCACUCUCCAUAUCAAAUGUGUAAUUGGAGACAUGUAUUACCUCAAGCCAUGGGACACAUUAUUUGAUGCUAUAGUAUUGCCCAACAAUGGUAUGUGUAGACCUUUUUGCCUGGUUUGUGAUAACCGCUGCAUGUUCCCUUCCCUUUUCGUUGAGAGCAGGGGUCCUUCUCUUCGAUACGCUUGUUCAAUGGAGUGUGCACACGGAACCCAAUGGCACAAGUGGAUAUAUGGAAAAAUUGCACCAUGGCACAAAAACCCACCAAUGUCCUAUUUUCUGAAAUGGAGAUGA